AUGAUCCAGGCGGCGAAGAAGUAUGGCGUACGCUGUGAAACGAACAAUCCGUCCCGGGCCCUCCGCCGACAGAUGCCUGCCUGGUACCACCUUGGGCGAGAUCCGGGACGCUGCAAUGAGAACACCGUAGCGAGCCGCUGCCUGCGUAACGCGCACCGGGUCAGGACCGUUGAGCAAUGCGAGAGAGCAGCUGACCGAGUCGCUGCCCACGACGGAUCCCAUGUGAGCCGUGCGGACUGCCAGUGUCAAGACUGUGCGUAUGACAGAGCCCAGUAUGGGUGUGACAACCCCCACCGAUGUGCCACUGCAGCGGCGAAACUGCUGGGCAAGCUGAGUGAGAAAUGGAGCCUAUCGCGCGACGAGAAUGAGGAUGGCCUUACCCUAACCCCAACGCGGGCAGGGGAAAACCGGACAGCCCGCCUAGCGCACGAGCGCGUCCUCUUCAAUCCCUCGGUAUCCACGGACGGCCCCCUCGCAAUGGCACUACGAGUCUUUGUCCGG